AUGGAGGAGCAUGGAAGGUGGCAACUGAUGAACGUUCCAUGGAAACAACUGCUAACAAUUUCGAUGUUGUACAAUUGUUACUACAACAAUGUCCAUUUGGAAGGGGGAUGUGUUGGAGGGGCAUGUGUUAGAGAAAAAAUAAUUGGGAGGGAAAUGUGUUGGAAGGGGGGGAUGUUGGAAGGGGGAUGUGUUGGAAGGGGAUGUGUUGGAAGGGAGAUGUGUUGGAAGAGAAAUGUGAUGAAAGAGAAAUGUGUUGGUAGGGAGAUGUGUUGGAAGGGGGAUGUGUUGGAAGGGGGAUGUGUUAGAUAA